AUGGAAGAUUCGCUGGGGACUCGCGAGCCCCGGGUUCGACCGAGAGAACGGGACCCGGACCGGCGCCCCCGCCCGGACCGAGACCACCACCCUGAGCGACUGCGGGACAGAGCCGGGGACCGGCGCAGGGAAAGGAAUGGGGACGACGCGCGGAGGGACAGGGACCGGCGAGAGGAUCGGGACAGAGGGAGGGACCGAGACCCCCACCAGGACAGACACAGGGACGCGGGCCGUCGCUCAAGUGAGCAAAGAGGUUGGGAAAAGUCUCGCCAAAGCCGGACGCGGGACACAGCCCCGAGACCGACCUGGGACACAACUCGGGGACCGACCUGGGAGGCAGCCCCACCCCCUUGGCCCGGGCCUUGGGAAACCCCGGAGCCUCCCGCCCCGAGGAAGGAGAACUUCGGUCGCCAUGCACCACAAAGUGAACCCACCUCGGGGAGAUAUGUGCCCUCGCACCCCAGGCCUGGACUAGAGGAAGUGGAAUAUUACCAGUCGGAGGCGGAGGGGCUCCUGGAAUGUCACAAAUGCAGAUACCUGUGCACAGGGAGAGGUGUGGUACAGAUAGUGGAGGUGAUUUUGAACGGGAUGGUUCUCAUGUGUAUCGUGGCCUCCUACUUUGUCCUUGCUGGAUUCAGCGCCAGCUUUGCCAGUGGUGGUGGCUUCGGAAACAACUACUACUCACCAUUUGAGGGCACUGAGCUGGAGGAGGUUCGGCAACUGGACCAGAAGUAUACAGUCCUCCGGGCACCUCUGAUAUAUGGCGGUGUGGCUGUUUCUCUGGGGCUGGGUGCCCUCACCAUGGGCGUUUUACUCCAAGGAGCCAAGAGCCUAACAAAACUGCCUAGAAAGUGGCUCCUCUUGGAGGCCGCCUUCAGCCUCCUGGCAGCAGUGGGCUACUGCGUAGGCAUUGGCGUUUACCUCCACGUGGCAUUGCAGAUCAACUCCACGGACACCUGCAAAACAAGAGAGAGGCUCUACGCCCGCAAGGGUCUCACCUGGAUGAACUGCCAGCUGGCAGGCACUGACGGAGCAGCAGCCACCUUUGCUUGUCUCCUGGUGAUUAUGUACAGUGCCAGUGUGGUACUGGCCCUGCGGAGCUACCGGGAACAGAAGUUCUACAAAGACAGCCAAGAAGAGCAGAGAAAUGGCAGGGAUGUCCCAGAAUACCUGUGGUCUGGGACGCUCUAA